AUGGGUGCCCCUACAGAAAAAGCGGCGACCCUUGGGUCGCCGUUCCGGUACCUCAAGCAGCGACCGAAAGGCCGCUGCUUCUGCAGUAAAACGGCGACCCAAGGGUCGCCGUUCCAGCACCCAAGCAGCGGCCCCUUGGCCGCUGCUUCUGCAGGCAUAAGUAGGCCAGGAGCCUCGUAUCCUCACCACUCCAGCAGAAACCCCCUCCCCAACCCAACACCCUUUCGCAAAACACGCGCAGAGACAACCUCCUCUCCUGUCUCUACAAAAGAUCCAACCCCUCUCUCUCUUUCUCUCUCUCUACCUGGCUUGAAGAAUAUUUCUUUGAACAACAAUGAGCUCCAAGGUCCUUUCCCGGCGUUCGGGACCUCUGUGGCCACGGUCACUAAUAAUGGUACCAAUAGCUACUGCAUGAGCACCCCGGGGCCUUGUGAUUCACAGGUGACGAUAUUGCUCGAGGUCGCCGCGGCGUUGGGGUACCCGAUCAAGCUAGCCAGUUCUUGGCAAGGUAACGACGCGUGCGCUGGAUGGAGUUUCAUUACCUGCGAUUCGCAGAAGAAGAUUAUAAACGUGAAUUUCGGGAAACAGGGUUUUGUGGGGACAAUCUCACCAGCCAUUGCGAAUCUGACAUCGUUAAGGACUUUGUAUCUAAAUGAUAAUAACUUGACUGGUUCCAUACCGGAUAACUUGGCCUCCUUGCCGGGCCUGCAGGUUCUUGACGUUUCGAACAAUAACCUUAAUAGGUCGAUACCGAAAUUCACGUUGACGGUGAAGUUCAAUGCGACCGGCAAUCCGUUGCUUGGGAGUCCAGCCGGACCAGGGCCGGGUGGUAGUUCCGUCUCUACCGGUGUGAUUGCUGGUAUAGUUAUUGCUGUUGUGAUUUUCGUUGUGGUUUUGUUAUUUGUUUCUAUUAAAUGUUAUGUUGGAGGGCGGCAUAGGAAGUUUGGAAGGGUGGAGAACCCUGAAAAUGGGAAGGAAGUUUUUAAGAAUCGCAUAAUCGGUGGUGAUCCUCCAGUUUUUGAGGGCGGAAAUGUCGCAAUUUCAAUCCAAGUUCUUAGACAAGUCACUAACAAUUUUAGUGAAGAUAACAUUUUGGGUAGGGGGGGAUCUGGAGUUGUGUACAAAGGAGAAUUGCAUGAUGGGACUAAGAUUGCUGUGAAGAGGAUGGAAUCUGUGGCAAUGGGUAGCAAAGGAAUGAAAGAAUUUCAGGCUGAGAUUGCAGUCCUUACUAAAGUUAGGCAUAGGCAUCUGGUUGCUCUUUUAGGAUCCUGUGUCAAUGGCAAUGAGAGGUUUUUGGUGUUCGAGUAUAUGCCUCAGGGGACGUUAACACGGCAUUUGUUCUAUUGGCCUGAGAAUGGCUGCUCUCCUCUUACUUGGAAGCAGAGGGUUACAAUAGCAUUGGAUGUGGGACGAGGAGUGGAGUAUCUCCACAGCUUAGCUCAACAGAGUUUCAUUCAUAGAGAUUUAAAACCAUCCAACAUACUUCUUGGGGAUGAUAUGAGGGCCAAGGUUUCGGAUUUUGGUUUGGUUAAAAAUGUGCCUGAUGGGAAGGACUCUGUGGAGACACGUUUGGCUGGGACAUUUGGGUAUCUCCCACCCGAGUAUGCAGCUUCUGGUAGAGUGACAACAAAAGUGGAUGUGUAUGCUUAUGGAGUGGUUUUGAUGGAGCUGAUUACUGGUAGAAAAGCCCUGGAUGAUAGUGUGCUAGAUGAGUGGUCUGAUAUGGUCACAUGGUUCCGCGGGGUCCUAAUAAACAAGGAGAACAUACCGAAGGCCAUUGAUCAAACUCUUAACCCCGACGAAGAGACCAUGGAGAGCAUAUACAAAGUAGCCGAGCUGGCAGGACAUUGCACUGCUCGGGAGCCAUACAAAAGACCAGAUAUGGGGCACGCAGUCAGCAUCUUAAGUCCUCUGGUGGAGCAGUGGAAACCAUCUUCUCAAGAAGCAGAAGAGAGCAAUGGCAUUGACUUAGACAUGAGCCUUCCUCAAGCUGUGACGUGGUCGCUUUUUAACGUCAAUAAUAAAAACCACUCACAAUCUUUUUGAAACGUCAAUAAUAAAUAUUAUUCGCAAUAGUACGAAUUACUGUAGGAUAAGUUUAUAUUAAGAGUGUCAAGCCUCAAGAAUUGCGUUGGUUGUAUUAUAAGUCUUAAUAAAACUUACUCUUAACUUUAAAGAAGAGUCUAAAUUUUGGUUA